AAAAUAUUUGCCGGUUAUUCAUUUAUUUUAUAAUUGAUAAAAAAAAAAAUAAUAUUAAUAAAUAAAAUUGCUGCGAAUGAAAAGUAUUGUUGUUAAAAAUUAAUAAGUGUAUAGAUAAUGUCUGAAAAUGAUAAAAAUGAAGAGAAACCUUAUACACCACCUCCAAGAAAAACAAUUCCUGAUGAGCAUGGGGAACUUUGGGGACAUGAUCUCUAUCCUGAGAGACGAAAGUUAAAAACUAGAAGUAUAACAAAUACAUUAUUGAUGAAAGAGGGGAAGGAAGAUAUUGAGAGAUAUCAUUGCGAAAAACUUGUAUAUAAAUGUAUAAAACAAAAUCCACUUGUUAAAUUAAUGGUAGCAGCAUUAAAAAGUUCUGGAUGUCCAAUUGAUUUACGCAGACAUUUAUCGUGUGAAGAUUGCGAUCCUUCAGUAACUGGAGGCUACGAUCCCGAAUUAAAUCAAGUUGUUAUUUGUCAAAAUAAUGCACGAAUUGAAGGAAUUAUCGGAAGUGUUUUAACACAUGAGAUGAUUCACAUGUUCGAUUACUGUCGUAAUAAUUUAGAUUUCAAAAACCUCGAUCACUUGGCAUGUACAGAAGUGCGUGCUGCUAAUUUAACUUAUUGUAGUUUUAUGAGUUCAUGGAUUGAUGGAGACGCAGCGCCCUGGGAUAUGAAGCAGAAACAUCAAGAGUGUGUCAAAAGACGAGCGAUGCUUUCAGUAUUAGCUGCCAGAGGUGUUACCAUUGAAGAAGCUACCGCUGCUGUUGAAAGGGUCUUCAACAAGUGCUACAAUGAUAUGGAACCUAUUGGUAGAAGAAUAAAACGUGGAACUGAUGACAUGGACAAAGCUUUGUAUGAAGCACCAUUAUUUGGAUACGAUUAAUGAUUUAAAUGAAUUUAUUGUAGUGUACAAAUGUUUCAAAGAAAUAAUAAAAUUUAUAAUCAU